GUUUUCUACCUCAUCAUGGUAUCUUAUGGUUUCUUACUAUCUCGGAUCUGGCAGUUUAUGUGCGGGUCGAUAGCGCACGAGUUCUCAAAACCAUUUCUUUCGAAAGACAAGAGUCUGCUACGCCAAGAAGAAAAGAAUUCGUCAGAAAAUGCUUACAAACAAGACAAGACUGAAUUGUCAUACGAGGGUAUGUUGGCAAACGUUCGUGAACUGCUCAUGAAUUCGGACAUUUCUUCAAAUUCGCAGUUGAUCCAUAGUAAAAAGAACCAU